AUGCCGUCUAUGCACGAACGUAUCAUGGAGGACCUGAAGCUUAAGGAGCGUCAGCUCUGGACAGCCCUCACCUCGGCCGACCCAGCACACGCCGUCAAUAAGCUGUGUCUCCCAAACGCCAACUUUCUCUUCCCCAACGAGGACAUCCUAGCACUCAACCCAGAUGACCCGGACAAGAACGAAAAGACACUGCAGGAAAAAUUGGCCCCUCCGUUCCAUCGUUUCGACGAUUUCUCUCUCAUGGACGUGCGUCCGACAGUCAUUGACUUGAUGGCUGGUACGAUGACAUAUCGCAUCAGUGCUUAUCGAGGAAAGAGGCAAUAUAAUGCUACUGGUAGCACUACCUGGGCGCAGGGAAGUGAUGGCGAGUGGAGGGUGGUUGUGCAUCAGGAGACUCUAAUAUAA